CCCGCGCUCAGAAGCUAGGCAAAUGUUCUUCUUACAUCCUCAACUAUCAGUCUAACAACAACAACAACAAACAUUUGUAUAUGUGUGGGUGUGUGUUUUCGCGCUCUGCCUACAAAUACUCAUGUGUAACUGACAUGUCUACACAAAACGUUUAUUUGAAAUUUUGCGACUGUCAAGUGUUUGUCACUGUUGCUGCCGUUUACAACUAUUUACUCGUACUGCUACAAUUGUUAUUGUUUUUGCUAUUGCUGUUGAUGAUGAUAUUCUCAACAAUUCGACACAGUCACUCGGCCACUCGCUCAGGCACUCGUGUGAGUUUGUCCAGUUUAUUGUGUGGCAGUGAACGAGCCGCUUGGACAACCGCUUUGCAAGCAAAAUUACCGUUAAAGUGUAUAAAGCUUACUUGUAAAAGUUCACUGUUGCUCAUUAGCAGUUUUCAUGCAAGAAGGAUACUCUGGUGCAGUUUUAAAGGCUAAAAAGUGCUGAUAAUACCAAAAAAUGAUCGAAAUCUGUAAUUAAUUUAAAAUUGCUUUGUACUUUCGGAAAUUAUGCUUCGUGUGCUUUGAAGUGCAAUGUUUUCAAUGUUUUGGCAUUAACUUAAAUGCGUUUUUGAAGUGCUUGUACUAAUUUUUCAAGUAUCUGCAGCUAUCGAUUAAAAAAGUGUUUUAUUUCUCAUUUACUUAAUACUCGCAGCUUACGGUGAUUGCAAAUUAAUAAUCUUUUCUUAAGUGCCAUUUCUGCAUUAGUAACAGUUAUAAAUUUGCCACUUUGCAUUUAUCAGAUUUCCAAUGAAAAUGCGCAUCAACUUAAUGAACAGCUUACAACCGCCACUGAGUGAAAAAGUAUCUUCUGCUGGUUCGGUUUAUUCCACAGUUACAACACCUUUGCAGAGAUCAUCGCCACCGCCGCGCAUUCAACGUCAAGUCACUAUAGAACCGGAACCGGAUUCACUGAACAGCGUAAUCAGUAAUCCAGGGUCAUUUCCGAUUACAAUCGUACCAAAUCGUCCAGCGAGUUUUUAUGGCUAUGCGAAAACUGGCGGUGGCGUUUUCCAACGACAAGCGAGUACCAGAUCGCGUAACUUCCGCCCGGGCAGCAUGCGUAAAGUGCGCCGUCGCGCAGUCUUCAAGAAUGGCGAUUGUAAUGUUAUGCAAAAGAAUCUGAUGCGUCGCCGUUUGCGCUUCAUGCAGGAUCUCUAUACAACGCUUGUGGACUCACAAUGGCGCUGGACGCUACUGGUAUUCGCACUUUCGUUCAUACUUUCCUGGCUCUUCUUUGCAUUGCUCUGGUGGCUCAUUAUGUAUACACACGGCGACUUGGAGGAGCUGCAUUUGCCAGAACAUCAAGAGGAAUCUGGUUGGACGCCUUGCGUUUCCGCCAUACACGGCUUCACCUCGUGUUUCCUCUUCUCAAUUGAGACACAACAUACUAUCGGCUAUGGUGUACGUACCACCUCCGAGGAAUGUCCGGAGGCUAUAUUCAUGAUGUGUUUCCAAUCAAUAUUUGGUGUAAUGACCUCGGCAUUUAUGGGCGGCAUCGUGUUCGCCAAGAUGACACGUGCCAAGCAGCGCGCCCAAACCCUGCUCUUCUCCAAAUAUGCCGUCAUUUGUCAACGUGAUGGUGGUCUCUCGCUGAUGUUCCGUGUCGGUGAUAUGCGUAAGUCACAUAUCAUUGGUGCCGGCGUGCGCGCUCAGCUAAUACGCACGCGCACUACUAAAGAGGGUGAAGUUAUGACUCAGCAUUUCACCGAAUUGGAAAUAAGCGCCGAUGAAUGUGGCUCGGAUUUGUUUUUCAUAUGGCCAAUGGUUAUCGAACAUAAAAUUGAUGAGAAUUCACCGUUUUAUAAUAUGUCUGCCACCGACAUUCUGCAGGAUAAAUUCGAAUUGGUUGUAGUUUUGGAGGGCACGGUUGAAUCGACGGGCCAAUCAACACAGGCUCGUUCGAGCUAUGUUAACACUGAGAUAUUGUGGGGUCAUCGCUUUGAUCCCGUGGUUUUAUAUAAUAAAGAACGACAGGCUUAUGAGAUCGAUUAUGGGCGUUUCAAUGAGACAACACAAGUGGAUACGCCGUUAUGCAGUGCACGAGAGUUGAAUGAGAUUUAUAAGAUUCAAGAUGGCUUUAGAACGCCAGAAACCACAUUCACCGCGCGUCAAUUGUCCAUCAACCACUCCGACAAUUGAGAAACAUGCCAAAAAUCCUAAACAAAUAUUUAUCAACUUUUAUAAAUGUAUGCACUUCACAACAUCAUCAGAAUACCUACAAAACGCACCAGCCUAAGCAAAGGCACUUAUUGUUGUUGUCUAGCCAUCAAUGUAUUUUAGUAAAAAUUUGCAUAGUUCUAUCAUCUAUAUGUAUUAUGAAAAGUUACUUCGAAUAAAAUUGUUCCUUAAUGUUAACGGUUAAUUUGUUUACUUUUACUAAUUACUACCACAUACUUCCUUACAUAUCAAUGUUCAUACAUGUAAUUAGCGGCCAACUACAUCAUUACAUUAAUCAAACUCCUGCCGUUGUGUUGUCCAAGUGCUGUAAGUUAUUGAAGUCUUAAUUGCAGAUUAUUAUUAAAAAUAACUUUAAACAUUUUAUUGUAUUUUCUUUGCUUCUAUUUUUCACUAAACCGAUCUACUUUUCAGUACAACGUAAUCCACUGCUUCGUUGCGCUUCUUAUGAGCCGCAUUCCAAUCGUUUGAGCGCAUUAUCUGGCGAUACAACGCUCGUCAAGCACUUAUCCUUCACGUUGCCAAGAACAAGAGCGAAGCCGACAACAACAAAUAUCUACAAUAAAUCAGGCGUUGCACCAACGUCAUUGCCCGCGUCACCAGUGAGCGACCGCAGUUCUGGCUUCUCUUCCAUUGGUUCGGCGGACGAGCGAAGGUGCUGAGUGUAUGCGAAAUACUCUGGUGAAAUAAAUAACUACAAACAUUUUAUGUAAACACAACUCUUUAAUCAAGUAGUGAGCAUAUAUUUUAAUUAUCAAACGAUGCACAAUUAAAUAAAAUAUUUAUAUUAAAGCAGUGGCGAAUCUGGGAUUACGGAAUUGUUAUAUGAAAGACAAUUUUGUGACAACAGAUGUUGGUGAAAAUAUGAA